AUGACUAUUCAACAUCUCCACUUUGAUCCUGCCGAUGACUUUCCCCAGAUGCGCGAAAUCGAGGGCGUCCAAGAUGACCAUGCCGCAUACUUGCAGUGUCUCAUGCAUCUAACACAGGUAUUGAGCAACGCUCACGACCUAUUAUACCCCUCGAAAAGCCACUCACUCGCCAUCGCGAAAUCGGAGCAUUACUACAAGCACAUUGACGAGUUUACAGAAACGCUGUCUGCAUUCCGCAACCGAUGGCAAAAGAGGCCAUGGCGAACAUACCCGAUCAAUGAAUGUGUCUGGAUAUCAUUUCACCAUCUACGCCUGUAUAUCUAUUCGUUCUCCUUACAGGCGCAUAUGCAACGGGCAGACAGCUGUAACGACGGUCGUCGGCCACCUGACUACUUUCCCACAGGACUGAUGGGCAGUGUGGACGCCCGCUUUAUCGUUGAGGCAAUGAAUGCAGGGGCUGAUGUGCUACGCUUGGCCAUAGGCAGGUUCCAACCAUCUGGGGCUUUGGCAUAUCUUCCCUUGCGAUUCUUUCACUUCUUCACGCAUGCGGGCGUAUUCCUCCUCAAGGCAGCGGUGAUUGUCCCACUACCACCGUCGCAGAAACGGGCGAUCCUUCACCUCAUUCGAGGCCUCAUCAAAUGUAUGUCGACGGUCUCGUCAGACCACAGACAUCCCGCCAUCCGCAAUUCGUCUGCCCUUGAUGGACUGUUGAAACGUAUAUACCGCGAUCAUGACAUCCAAACUCCGGUGGUCACCUGUCCGUCCUCACCUGGUGUUGCCCCAUCCGGUCCUGCGGCUAGCUCGACAGUUCCUGGUGUAACUACGAAACUACGCCCCAGUGAAACUGACUUGCACGCCUUUCUUGGGAAUCGUGAAUCUCCGUUUGUUGCAGAGCGGCCAUUGCAGGAGCUUGCGGCCGACAUCGACGCCAGCUUCGGCCAGGAAACCGACAGCCUGGACAUCAGUCUGCCUUUGGGCACCGAAAGUGCCGCCCAUGGUCUACCUCCGCUUGUGCCUGCGUCAGAUAUAUUUACGUCGCUCUUCAACUAUGACGACAGGGAGUUCUGGGGAGCAUUCACUCCAACGACCUUGGAUUAA